CUGUCGGCUACCGGCGGUGACAUCAUCAUCAGCUGACGGCGUCGAGGCGCUGCUGGACGAGCGCUUACGGAACAUCGAGCCGCGCAUGGUGGAGCUGAUCACAUCGGAAAUUAUGGACCACGGACCGCCCGUCACAUGGGAUGACAUCGCCGGUCUCGAGUUCGCCAAGAGCACCAUCAAGGAGAUGGUGAUCUGGCCGCUGCUGCGUCCCGACAUCUUCACCGGGCUGCGCGGCCUUCCCAAGGGCUUGCUGCUGUUCGGCCCGCCCGGCACCGGCAAGACGCUGAUUGGCAAGUGCAUCGCCAGUCAGUCCCGGUCGACCUUCUUCAGCAUCAGCGCCUCCUCCCUCACCUCCAAGUGGGUGGGCGAGGGAGAGAAGAUGGUGCGCGCUCUAUUCGCCGUCGCCAGGUGUCACCAGCCGGCCGUCGUGUUCAUAGACGAGAUCGACUCACUGCUGUCUCAGCGCUCCGAGUCCGAGCACGAGAGCUCGCGACGCAUCAAGACGGAGUUCCUAGUGCAGCUGGACGGCGCGGCCACCAGUGGCGAGGACCGGCUGCUGGUGGUGGGCGCCACCAACCGCCCGCAGGAGCUGGACGAGGCUGCGCGCCGCCGCCUCGUCAAGCGGCUGCUGGUGCCGCUGCCGGACGCGGCCGCCCGCCGGCAGAUCGUCGACAACCUGCUGAGCUCUCAGCGCCACCAGCUGGGCGCCGCCGAGCUGGACGCCGUGGCGCUGGCCACCGACGGCUACUCGGGCGCCGACGUGACGAACCUGUGCCGCGAGGCGGCGCUCGGUCCGAUCCGCUGCAUCGGGCCCGACCAGAUCCACCACAUCACGCCCGAGCAGGUGCGGCCGCUGAUCCACGCCGACUUUGUGGCGGCGCUGGCCAACAUCCGCGCCAGCGUCUCCCAGGAGGACCUGCAGGUGUAUGACGACUGGAACCGACGGUUCGGCACCGGCGGGGCCAGGUAGC